CAGCAACGUCGACUCGAGAAGUCGACUUGUGUACCUGUACAGGUAAAAGGUGGUACCCGAGCGGGUUCGAGAGUACCCAACAUAUCGAGCGGACCAGUCGACUGUGUAACGGGGUACGAUCUGCGCGCGCUCAUUCGCCGUUUGUUUCACUUUUUCUUGUUGUAUUUUCCAGUGGAAAACUGAUUAUUUUCGUGAAGUGUUAGGAUUUCGUACAGGAACUGUUUCAAAAGAGCCAUGGCUGCGCCCGUUAGACCUCCGACGCCCGGCUGCAGCGGCCUCAGUUGGUCGGACGAUGCGAUCCGGCGCGCACCGACAGCCGACAUGUGACCGCCGCCCGAGGGUAUGCCGUCGAACGAGAGGAAGCGCUGCUUGGGCGCCAUGGGAUUGGCGAAGUUGUGCGCGAUUUUUUGCUUGGUUUCCGCGAUUUUCGGGUGCUCCGAGUGCGCCAAACACAAGGGCAAAGGACACGCGACCGCCUCGCAGGCCAUACAGCAACACAUGCGGUUCAACAAGACGGCCGUCACCGAGAAGGAAACGGAUUUUUUGAAUAAGGGAAAGAUAUGCAUCGGUACAAACGGGAGGAUGUCCGUCCCGGCGAACCGCGACCGCCACUACAGGAACCUGAAGGAGCGCUACACGAACUGCACGUACGUCGACGGCAAUCUGGAGCUGACCUGGCUGCAGGGCUCCGACCAGGACCUCAACUUCCUGCAGCACAUCCGCGAGGUGACCGGCUACGUGCUCAUAUCCCACGUCGACGUCAAGAAAGUGGUGUUGCCCCGGCUGCAGAUCAUCCGAGGCCGGAGCCUCUUCAAGAUGAACGUCUCGAAACGCGAAUUCUCCCUCAUCGUCACCCUAUCGAAGAUGCUGACGCUCGAAUUACCCGCCCUGCGCGACAUACUGAACGGCAGCGUGGGAUCGUUCAACAACUACAACCUCUGCCACAUCAAGACGAUCAACUGGACGGAGAUAUUGUCGACAGGAACGUUCACGUACGUGUACAACUUCACGUCGCCGGAGCGCGAGUGCCCGUCGUGCGAUAGGGAGUGCGAGCGCGGCUGCUGGGGCGAAGGCCGCGAGAACUGCCAGCAAUUCUCCAAGAUCUUCUGCAGCCCCCAGUGCUCGGGCGGCCGGUGCUACGGCACGGAGCCGCGCGAAUGCUGCCACUUGUUCUGCGCCGGCGGCUGCACCGGACCCACCCAGAGCGAUUGCAUCGCCUGCAGGAACUUCUACGACGACGGCGUGUGCACGCAGGAGUGCCCGCCGAUGCAGAUCUACAAUUCGGUGUCGUACAUGUGGGAAUCGAACCCGGCCGGGAAGUACGCGUACGGGGCGACGUGCGUGAAAAAGUGCCCGGAGCAUUUGCUGAAAGACAACGGGGCGUGCGUGCGGACCUGUCCCUCGGACAAGCACGCCAAAGACGGCGAAUGCGUACCGUGCAACGGGCCGUGUCCGAAGCAAUGCAGCACCAACAACCGCCCCAUCGACAUCAUCCACUCCGGCAAUAUCAAAAACUUCACCAAUUGCACGGUUUUGGAAGGUAACAUAAACAUUUUGCAAAAUUCCCUGAACGGCUUCCAGCACGUGUACGUGGAGAACUACACCUUCGGCGAGCGCUAUCCGCCCAUGCAUCCAAGCGCGUUGGAAGUCUUCAGCACGCUCAAAGAAAUCACCGGCUACCUCAACAUCCAAGCCGACCAUCCCGACUUCAAGAACCUCUCCUACUUCCGGAAUUUAGAAGAAAUCGGCGGCAGGUCCCUCUACGACUACUCCUCGUCCUUGUACAUAGUGAAAACCUCGUUGGAGUCGCUGGAGCUCAGCUCGCUGAAGAGCAUCAAAAUGGGCACGGUCGCCAUACUGGAGAACCCGCGGCUGUGCCUCGCCGAAGGCAUCAACUGGAAGUCCAUACAGAAGAGCAACGAGAGCCACCGCCUGCUCUCCAACAACAGCGACAAGGAGAGCUGCAAGGCCAGAGGGCUCGUCUGCGAUCCGCAGUGCAGCGACAACGGCUGCUGGGGACCCGGGCCCGAGCAGUGCGUCUCCUGCAAGAACCUGAAAUUCGGCAACAAGUGCCUCGAAAAUUGCGACGCCAAACCCGGAUUGUACCAGUCGAGUUCGAGCGAAUGCAAGCCUUGCCACGAGCAAUGCGGGGACGGUUGCAACGGCCCCGGCGCCAACAAUUGCACCUCCUGCAAGUACCUGCGCGACGGGAACUACUGCGUGUCGAAAUGCAUGAAGAACAAGUACGAAGAGAACGGCGCUUGUCUGCAAUGCCACGCGAAUUGCGUGGAAAGUUGCACGGGCCCGUCGAACGUGUUGGGCAAAGGAGGAUGCGACGCCUGCGAACUGGCCAUCAUCAUGGAUAACAAAGACAACAAUUACGUGUGUCUCGGUAAAGAUGUGAUGGAAUGUCCUGCCGGGUAUUACUACGAGUACAUCAACAAGCACGUGUUGGAAGGAUUAAAUCCCAAUACUAGAGCGGCUUGCAGGAAAUGCCACCCACGAUGUAAAACGUGCACCCAAUACGGUUUCCAUACGGCAGUGUGCCAGGAAUGCACGCAUUACAAGAAGGGCGAGCAAUGCGAGGACGAGUGCAAUUCGGACUACUACCCGGACCCGGAGAAAAACGAAUGCAUCGCCUGCGAUAAGGAGUGCAAAGGAUGCACGGGACCCACCAACAAGGAUUGCAUCGUUUGCCAGAACUUCAAAUUGUUCCUCGACGAUAUCAUUGAUUUUAACAGCACGAAUUACGAGUGCAUCGCCUCGUGCCCGCCGGACUUUCCUCACAGGGGUUUCACCGAAGAAGGCGGCACUUAUUGCUCGGAUAGCGCGACGACUUCUCUAUUAUCCUCACCUAAAAACACCUACGAAAUCAUCAUAAUAAUCGCCGGAGUGAUCGGCGGCGUGUGCGUGCUGCUCGUCUUCGUAGGAGUGUUUUACUAUUUCCAGAGGAAAGAGAAGAACAAAGAGAACGCGAUGAAAAUGACGCUGGCGUUGACGGGUUUGGAAGACAACGAGCCUUUGAGUCCGACCAACGUGAAGCCCAACGUCGCCAAAUUGAGGAUAAUCAAGGAAACGGAGCUGCGCAGAUCGAACAUAUUAGGUUACGGGGCGUUCGGAAAAGUCUACCAAGGCGUUUGGAAUCUCGAAGGCGAAGGGAACAAUUCCGCAAAAAUACCUGUAGCUAUCAAAGUAUUAAGAGAAGAUACAGGCGCUAAUACCAGCAAGGAUUUCCUAGACGAAGCCUACAUCAUGGCUACAGUCGACCAUCCUAACCUCCUGAGGCUAUUAGGCGUCUGCAUGACCUCCCAAAUGAUGCUAGUAACCCAACUAAUGUACCUCGGUUGUCUCCUAGACUUCGUAAGAACCAACAGAGACCGAAUAGGCUCCAAAGCUCUGUUGAAUUGGUCGACGCAAAUCGCCCGAGGUAUGGCCUACUUGGAGGAGAAACGGCUCGUCCAUCGAGACCUCGCCGCCAGGAACGUGCUGCUGCAAACACCCGGCUGCGUGAAAAUCACCGACUUCGGCCUGGCCAAGCUGCUCGACAUCAACGAGGAGGAGUACAAAGCGGCCGGCGGCAAGAUGCCCAUCAAAUGGCUGGCGCUCGAGUGCAUCCAGCACCGGAUAUUCACGCACAAAUCGGACGUGUGGGCGUUCGGCGUCACCGUGUGGGAGCUGCUGACGUUCGGCGAACGGCCCUACGACAACGUGCCGGCCAGAGAUGUACCUGAAUUAUUGGAGAAGGGCGAACGGCUGCCGCAGCCGGAGAUAGCCAGCAUCGAGGUGUACAUGAUACUGAUCAAGUGCUGGAUGCUCGACGCUGAGAGCAGACCCUGUUUCAAGGAGCUGGAGGACGAUUUCUCGAAGAUGGCUCAGGAUCCGGGUAGAUAUUUGGCUAUUCCUGGCGAUAAAUUUAUGAGACUGACCAAUUAUCCACUUCCACAGAACGAUGUAAGAAGUUUAGCUUCGUCGUUGGAACCAUCCCAAUGCACUUCCGAAGGAGACAGCCACCUCCAGCCGAAAUCCAGGGCGCCGCUCCACGGCAGCGGUUCGAUGAUGCACUCGGUAUCGCCUUCGCCCACGUCACACGGCUACUGGCCGUCGGCGCCGCCGUCGGACGGCGGCACGUCCCAGUACCAGAACCACCUCAACCAGAAACUGCUGCGCUACGCCCAAUCGCACGGCUUCGACUCCAGCAUACCGACGCAAUCGGACUCGUCGAGCGCCAGGUACUUCGGCAACUCGACGAAGCUGCGCGACGACAUCGGCAGCGACGAGUACGACUCGGUGGCCCGGUCGCAGGCGAAGGUGGGCACGCUGAAGCUGGACCUGCCGGUCGACGAGGACGACUACCUGAUGCCGUCGCCGCAGCAGGCGCAGGGCAACACCGCCUACGUCGAUCUGAUCGACUCCAAGGGCCCGGAGGGCGACGGCGCCAACGGCUACGCCAACUACCAGGAUUUCUACAAGAACAACAUCGACAAUCCGGAGUAUCUGAUGAACAACGACGCGCCCGGGCAGACGGUGGGGUUGCCCACCGUCUCCGAGUUCGUGAACGCCACGUCGGGCGCCUUCGGCGGAGAGGCUUCGGGGUACAAGCCGCCGGCGGGGUACUUGCCGCAGAAGAGCUCCGAGGAGGAGUCCGAUCACGAGUACUACAACGAAUUCGAUAGGUUGCAAAGGGAGCUGCAGCCGCUGCAGAAAAAUAAAGACGGCGCCAUCGUGUAGAUUGCUUGAUGCAAGUGAACAGUCUUGGGAGGUGUUUAAGUUUAGUUGUGUAGAAUAAUACUUCAAUACUUUCAAUAGCACUAACGUAAGGGAAAGUUAGGUAUUUAUAUCCAACAAAAAUUCGUAGGAGUGAGUGAGGUUAUAGCCUCGAAGAGAUGACCUAACUUCGCCUAUACAAUUUAAUACUUUCGCCAAAUUAUUCCAGUGUAAUAAUUUUGAGCUGGAAUUUUGAGGAGAAAGGUAUAUAGUGUGUAUUGAUCGUUAAUGGGCUUUUGUACUUUCGAGGCGAGGCUGUGGUAAUAACGAGCGCUACUUAAUUAGGUUUUAAGAGGUGUAACGUCGAGUAACUGCGACAAUAACUGAGUGCCAUGGCGUAUAUGGCAUAAAAAUGUACAUAAUUUUGCAUGUGACUCCUUUUCUAUUUUAUUUGUAAAUAUAUAAUUCAGUAAUUUAACCUGCUUGGGUGAGCUUUGGAAAGGGAAAAGUGAUGCCAAUCCUAAACAAUCUUGCCCAAAUCGUCUGUGAUAAAAUUUAUUUGUAGUUUACGUUUUAUUUUAUUGUCUUUUUUGUAUAAAUGAAAUUUUAACGAUUCAACAAUAUUAAGUCGGGAGUUAAUUCGUGUUAGAUUUUUAUUUUCUUUUUUUUUGAAUUUGUUUCUAAUGUUUUUAUAAUUUACCUACUACAGAAAUCGAUGGUAUAGUUUUUAAGGACUUUUAAUUACUACCUACAUUGUGCAAAGCGGUCUCAUAUUUUUAUAAUUUAAUAAUAUUUGCAGUGAAAAAUCUCAGCUAGUUACUUAUAGCAAAUAAAAAUUUGAUAUGAAAUUUAUACGUUAGAAAAAUUCCUUUCUCAGUUAAAAAUAGUGAAAAACAUACUUAUUUUUUUGUUAUUCGCACUAAAUCUGUGCCAUUUUUGUACGAAAAAGUGCCUUGUAAUUUUCCCAUAUUAGUACCUACG